AUGGUGGGACAAAAUAAUGUCCCGAAACGUCCGUUCGUGUCGGCGUUAGCUAACCGCUACGGGUUUCGGACGGUGGCUGUGCUUGGAAGCUUCGUGGGAGCAUUCAGCUUCUUCAUCUCCUACUUCGCGACGAGCGCAGUCUUCUUAUGCAUCACCUACGGCGUUUUGGGCGGCGUGGGCUUCGGGCUGAUCUACGUGCCGGCCGUCAUCACGGUGGGCUUCUACUUCGAGCGGUGGCGCGCCCUGGCCACGGGCGUGGCGGUGUGCGGCUCGGGCAUCGGCACCUUCGUCAUGCCGCCCAUCAUCACCGCGCUCAUCGGCACCUUCGGCUGGCGCGGCUCGCUGCUCAUCCUCGCAGGCCUGGUUCUCAACUGUGCAAUUUUUGGUCUGAUGUACAGACCUCUUAAACCACAAAAGGUAACCGUGGAAAACAAAGAUGGUGGUGAAGAAACACCGAAGGAUGAACAAGGUGCUGGAAAACCUGGGGAACAAUUACCUUUGCUGGUUAGAAUAAAAAUGGCCCGCGAUGACCAGUUGCAUAAGAGCACAUCUAUUGGAAGCUUUGCAGAUAAUGUUAGUGUUACUGCUGAAAAACCAUUUUCUCAAAACCGCCUCUUGAAAGCAAACAACAAUAAUACUUAUCCUACUGCUGCUGAAGCAUUAGCAGGAAGUGUGGUGCAUUUAAAUGGUUCACGACACGUGUCAAGUCAAUCUCUAAAUUUGUUGGGAGGUGGAGGACUAGCUAAGAACACUGCUACCUCUGGCAGCAUUACUCUAACAAAAGCUCAGAAGAGAUUAAGUGCUCCCACUUAUCCUGAUAAUUAUCUAGUUCCCCCAGCAAUAACAGAUAUUUCAUCAGGAAACAAAGAUAGCACAGAAGUCACUGAAAUGCUCCUUCCAUUAACAGAAGAGAAUCAUAAUUCACAUUACAAUGCGAGUGAUAUUAAAAAAGAAGCUCUUCAAAAGAGAAACAGCAGAACGAGAACUAUCUCUGAAUGCAGUAGAACAAGUCUUAGAAGCCGAAAGGGGUUAGGGACAUCAAGAGACAAUGUGGGUGUGAGGCCUCUUUAUAGAGAUGAUAUUUUCUUUGGAGGCAGCUUACAACGACUACCUCAAUAUACAUCACAGAUAAGUUCUGUAGGCUACCAUAUGUCCGUCUCAAGGCUUCCUACAAAAGCAGAUGUAGAACAAGAAAGGAAAAACCAAUGUAUGCUGUGCCCGGAGGCUGUUCAACGAAUUCUUGCUACUAUGUUAGAUAUGUCUCUUCUACGUUCACCAACAUUUUUAUUGCUUUCUCUCAGUGGAUUCAUAACAAUGAUGGGAUUUUAUAUCCCGUUUAUGUUCAUUACAGAUAGAGCAGAAAAAUACGGCUUAGAUAAGAGUUUGGCAGUUUUUCUUGUAUCUGUUAUUGGCAUCACCAACACCGUAGGACGUGUUGGAUGUGGAAUACUGACUAGCUUUCCUGGAGUUGACUCUUUAUUAAUAAAUAACGUUGCCUUGACUAUUGGAGGAAUAGCCACAAUGUUUAGUGGAAUAGAUACCUCAGCUGGUUAUCAGUUCUUUUAUGCUUCUGUAUUUGGGCUUGCAAUGGCCUGCUUUGCAUCCCUGAGAUCAAUUGUUAUUGUGGAUCUUUUGGGUCUGGAUAAACUUACUAAUGCCUUUGGACUGUUGCUGCUAUUUCAAGGCAUAGCAGCUGUUAUUGGAUCACCAUUGGCUGGUUCAUUCAUGGAAGCAACUGGAAGUUAUGACGCAUCAUUUUAUUUAUCAGGAGGACUCAUAUUGGUUUCAGCUAUCAUAAUAUAUCCUCUUAAUCGAGUGAAUCGAUGGGAAAAGGCUAGAGCAAAGAGCAAGACUGAAUUAAUUUUGUGAAAAUGAAGUAAACAAAAUUUGCAAAAUGUUGCAGAACUGGUACUUGGGAACACACACACACAGUGUCAAUUCCAAGUUUGUUUGUUUUGUUUGUUUACAAAUGUUAUUUCUCUGUGAACAUUAACAUUAUUUUUUUAGUGAAACUGUAAUAAUUAAUCUCCUAUGCAUGGUUUGUGCAAAAGGAAAAAUAUGGUUGAUGGAUGAACACAUGUUUUCAGAGAAAACCCAAUGAAGAUUUUCAUUGUGUGUUGUUUACAGAACUGAAUGAACUAUAAUCUUCAUCCAUUCCAAUAAAAAUCACAAGUACAAUAUUGCUCUAAAAAUUAAUGCCAAUAAUUCUUCAUUUAUGGGAGAAAUCGUAUGUCAGAAUAUAUUUUAAAACUUUUGGAAGGGGAAAAUGUGAGACAAUAUCCCAUUUUUAUAAAUGGUUAAUAUUUAAAUUGUGUAUUUAAAACUUAUCAGGAAAUGCAGAUGUGUUUCUUUGAAGGUCAAUUGAACUUUCCAAAGAGUAGGUAAUAAAAGCCUCUGUAAUCGUGCAAAAUUCUCUUCUGGACAUUUAAAUGUCGCUAGAGUUUUGUAAUGUCUAUUAUGUAUAAUACAUAUGUGUAUACAAUAUCAUGAUACUCAAAUGCAAAGAUAAUGAAGAAACUAUGUAUUGUCACACUUAACAUGAGCUUAAAAACAUUUGACAUAUCAUUUGAAUUAUGAUAUGAAUUCAGGUUCAUUAUCACUGUUGUUGCUGAGAAGUAGGGGUUUUUAAGAAUUUGUAGACUGAUGUAACUUAAUUUUCAUCAAAUAGCCAUACUUUAAUCACACCUUAGAUGAUGUGGUGUAUAUCAUAUCACUGGAUUUCUUACCUGUGAUUAUAGACCCUAUGUGUACAUAAAAGUGUAUUUUUGUAAUGCACAAUUAGUUUUACUUUGCACUACUCCCAAUAUGUUAUUAAAAUAUUUUUUUAAAAAUGUAGAAUGUGCCAUUGUUUUUAUAUUUAUUGUAAUAGAAAGAAACCAUCAAAAUUAGUGUAAUGAAUAUAUGAUAUGGAAUUAUAUAUUUAAAUAUUGACUCGUUAUUUUUUGUUUGAUUUUGAAGUUGACCUGAAUGUUUCAGUGUGUGUAUUUAUUCAUUGUACUCCUUCUAUGAGCUAUUACUUAUCUUUAUUAUAUUCAUAAAUCCUUUUGCUAUCAAGAAAAAUAAUAAGAGAAAAAAAAAAUUAUAUCAAAAGUUUAACUUCUGAAAACCUUAAAAACUC